AUCGCAAAGGGAGUCUUCGGAAGGGCUGGGAGGAGCAGCGUGUCUUUCCUACACAAAUAAAGUAUUUAUAUGAAUACGCUGCCACAAAAAUGUCCGGCGUUCCAGUGAACAUUUAAUGGUCGUGCGGCGCGUAUAUCAAGCACUGUCGACAUGCUUGACCCUGUGCAAGUACUGUGGCUAGUCGCCGUGGCCGCUCUGUGGGGGUUUUCAGCCCCGCUCUUGCGUCGAGGAGGCAAAGGUGUGGAAGAUAUCAAACGCCAAGGGGCACUGAACCAGUGGCUAGCGGAAGUUAAGUUCCUUGCGACCAGGCCUCAGUAUGUGCUGCCAUUCCUAAUAAACCAGAGUGGGUCUGCCAUUUAUGCACUGGCCUUAGGAUCUGCAGACUUGUCCUUGGCGGUGCCGCUUACCAAUUCUCUCAACUUCAUCUUUGUCACCUUGGCUGGGCGUAUUCUGGGUGAAACAACCACCAGCGCUCGCACAUACAUUGGCAUGGCCUUCGUGACUACAGGAGUGACACUGUGUGUUGCCGACAAAGCCUGGAACCAAGGUUGACCUUCCUUUUUUUUUUAUAGCAACAGCAUCAGGGAAGUGAUCACUUUAGCAUCCCACUCAUAGCAGCCCCUGGAUAUAUCUUUGUGUAGACUGAGAAAAGUGGGUUCAUCAAGCGAUUUGUACAGAAGUCAGAAAUUGACUUUUCUUCCAGGCUUGUUAUUUUUUCUUAAUUGCACCUUGUAUUUAUUGAAGUUGCCACACUGGAAUGUUCAAGUGCUCCGAAAUUGCACGGCAUUUCACCUUGUCUGGCUGAGAUCCUAAUUUAUAACAGAGUGCCUAUAGUGUCUUGUCAAUGUGCAGUUAGACAAUGUGCGAGAAGUGCACAGUCUCAUUUUCAUGCUAAGCUGUAUAGAGUGUCCGGAAUCGAACAUUCCACCAAUUUGUCUGCACUUUCUACACUAGUUCUCAAACAUGAAACACAGCUUGUGUACGAGUGCGGUGUAGCAACUUGAUCUCUUUGUGGGGCGCCCAAUUAGUAAUGUAGAACAGUGCAGUGACAUCCAUGCCUGAUUGUGCGCUGUCAUAAGCCUUUGUGGUGAAUUCCAUGCAUGCAGGCAUGCAAAGCCUUUUUUUACAUGCAUGUAAUCGUUAUUACCAUAGUAUAUGCCGUAUUUACUCAAUUGCAAGGCGCACCUGAUUUUCAUGGCGAGAAAUGAUCUCAACUUCUUUUUAUCAUUUGGAAAGCAAUUAUUGCAUUCAAGCAACAGUGAAAUGGGCAUUACUCAUUGUCACUGUCAGAGGCCUCCUUAUCACUAUGUCAACAGCUCAUGCUUAAUAUCUCAUCAUCAGGGCUUUCCACAGCAUUUGAGAUACCAAAUUUCAUCAAACGCCUUGCAGACGACUGUGGGCGCUUAACAAGCUCACAAAAGUGGGCACAAACAUCGUUUGCAGCUACUAGAGCUACAGCUCAUGAGUGGAUUGGUUUGGAUUACAGCAAUGUUAAAUGCCAAUGAUGAUGGCUUGUCACUAUUGUAGUUCUGGUUUCACGCUUUAUUCCAAAGUGCAUGUCAUUUUUUAGUGAAGCUUUCUAGAAAAAAGCGCAUGUUAAAAUUGAGUAAUUAUGGUAUUUCAUAGAGGCAAUGAAGAGGGAUCUGUGGAUGGAUCUUGCUAGGCAGUAAGUAUGAUGGAUGACAACUUGGAGACACUAUCAUUAUAUGUUUGUGAAUG